GAAACGUCAAACUGCAACUUUUCGUAAACAAAACUUUUGGAGCGCGUAGAAACGUUUACAAGAAAAAGUACCUUUUUUAAAAAUAAAACUCAUCGAAUUUAAGUGCAAACACCUCAGAAUGGCGGACGAUCUUCAGAACUACAAGCUGCAGCUGCAACAGGUCGAAGCUGCACUGCUCACCGAUCCCGAAAAUUCCGAGCUGCUGAAGCUGAAAACGGACCUGGAAGAGGUAAUCGAUCUCACGAAGGACCUCAUCCGGGCCCAACAGGAGGCCGAGCAGAAGAAGAACGCGUACGUCGAACCGGCCAGCACCAGCUACUUUGAGGGCUUUUCGGCGGCCGAGAAAAAGCAAAACAAACCCACCGUCAUCUGGAAGGUCGGCGACAAGUGCUCGGCCAAAUGGAUCGAGGAUGGACAAUAUUACGAUGCCACAAUCGAAGCAAUAACGGACAACGGGGACGUGAGCGUGGUGUUCGAUGCGUACCAGAACCGUAGCACAACGACAAUUUCCGAAUUACGAGAGUGCAAGGUGCGGAACGAAGUAUUUCCCUCGACGAGCAAUAAACGCAUGCGACCCAACCAGAAGGAGUACCUCAAGAAGAAGAAACAAAAGAAGCAGCAGCGGUUCAAGGAGCUCGAGGAGGAGCGGGAAACGGAGAAGAACAAAUGGCUUCAAUUUUCGACGAAAAAUUCGAAAAAGUCCGGCGUCAAGGGCAAGAGCAUAUUCGCCUCGCCGGAGAAUGUUAACGGAAGGGUCGGCAUCGGGACCUGCGGGGUGUCUGGCAAGCCCAUGACCGAGUUUAGUCACGGCGAAAAGUACCGCAAGGGAGUGUAGGAGAGGGGUGUGGCGGUAAGGUAAGGUACAUUGUCUUAGAAUAAUCCUUUUUCUCACUAUGCUGUGCUUCAGUGUCACACGAAAUAACCCAUUUGUCAAGCUAACAAACAUACUAGAGAUAGAAUACAUUUAACUGAAAUAA